AUGUAUUCCUUUCAUUCAGCAGUACGUCAAACCUCUUCUGAUGUUUGUUUGUUCACUGCUAUUACUUCCACAAUAUUGAAAAAUAUAAAAUGUAAUUUUGCAAAUGAUAAACUUUACUCACCUUGUAAUUCUGCUUCACACGUUACUGGAAUUAAUAUGUUUUAUUUAAAUUUAAAAUUCACAAGAUAUAUAACAUUUCACUUUUUAUCAUUUCCUUAUAUUCAUUCAACAGAAUGUUUUUCUGCAAGUAAUCCAACAUUAGUUUUCCGUGAUCUAUUUAAGACGUCGUUCUCUCAUCAACUUCAUUAUAUCAAGAAAUUUUUCCGCAAUGAUCAUUGUAAUAAAUAUUUUUGUCAAUUAUGGUUUACUUGUAUUUGGAACUUUUCGUGUAUUAUCGGUUUAUUCUUGUGUCGUUUAACAAAAUUUCAGUUAUUCAAUGUAUUGUAA